AUGAGGCUUGAUCCGGUGCAUUUCUCCAUGCUGGUCAUCGGGGUAUCCUUUGCCUGUUACGCCCCGAGUCUCAAUUCCCUCCAGGACCAGGCGUAUCGAUCUGCCGUGGUCAUCGAGGGCGAGGUGCGCUCCUCACCGGAAAACGUCUCUCGGGAGCCUUACAGUGUAAAUGUCAAAGUGCUGGACGUGUGGCCCGUGAACAGCGGCGGGCUCGAGCGGGAGCAGCUCGUGACUGUCGGAGACUUCAGUUCCGAGGCCCCGUGCACCACUGUGGAGGAGAAUCACAGAUAUAUAUUUUUCAUGGACCCAACAGGCGAGCCUUUAGUAUUCAAGGCAUCGUUUGCUCCACUGGACGCCAGCGGAACGGACCUGAAGAAGGAUGUGGAGAGCGUGUUGUGUGAGGACUGCGCUGUGGCCCCUAAGUUGCGGCCGAUGAGGGGCCAGUCUCUAAUGGAGGGGGAGAGGCUGUAUCUGAAGUGUGAGGCGUCAGGGAACCCCAGCCCCUCCUUCCGAUGGUAUAAAGAUGGCCGAGAGCUCCAGAGGGGAAAAGAUGUCAAAAUCAAGACCAAUAAGAAAAACUCCAAGGUCCAGAUCAACCGAGCGAGGCUGGAGGAUUCUGGGAACUACACGUGUGUGGUUGAGAACAUGCUGGGCCAGGAGAGCACUACGAGCAGCAUCAGUGUGCAGAGCCUGACCACUACUCUGUCUCCAGGCUCAAGUCACGCCCGGCGCUGUAACGACACAGAGAAGUCGUACUGUGUGAACGGUGGAGACUGUUAUUUCAUACACGGUAUAAACCAACUGUCAUGCAAGUGUCCAAAUGACUAUACAGGUGAUCGCUGUCAAAAAUCCGUCAUGGCAGGUUUCUACAAGCAUCUUGGAAUUGAAUUUAUGGAGGCAGAGGAGCUGUACCAGCGGCGGGUGUUGACCAUCACAGGCAUCUGUGUGGCACUGUUGGUAGUGGGCAUGGUCUGUGUGGUGGCAUACUGCAAAACCAAGAAACAGAGGAAGAAGAUACAUGGCCACCUGAACCAGAACGUCAACCAGAACCAGUGUGUGGAGCAGCCCAACCGCAUGCUGGCUAACGGUCCCAACCACCCUGGGCCAGGGCCUGAAGAGAUCCCCAUGGUGGACUACAUCUCAAAGAACGCUCCUACCACAGAGUGUAGUAUUAUACAGCAUGGACCAGAAGAAGCUGUAAACUACGCAGGAAGCCGAAUGUCCACCAGAUCCCACCACUCAUCUACAGUCUCCCACAACUCCAGACAUGAGGAGCGGACGUGGAGUAUAGAGAGGACAGACAGUAUGAACUCAGACUGCCAGUCGGGGGCGCUCUCCUCGUCAGUGGGCACCAGUAAAUGCAGCAGCCCGACCUGCAUGGAGGCACGGGCACGGAGGGCCGCCUACUGGGGCUGUUCUGAGGGAGCCAGCCUGCAGUAUGGAGACUCCUACGACUCUCUGAGAGACUCACCUCACAGUGACAGGUACGUGUCAGCAUUGACCACACCAGCCCGUCUGUCGCCCAUUGAGUUCCACUACCCCCCACUGCCCCCCCAAGUGCCCACCUUCCAAAUCACAUCCCCCAACACAGGCCACGCCCUCGCCCUGCCGCCUGCCGCCGCAGCCUACCAGCGGGAUGACGACCAGCCCCUACUGAGAUGCCCCCAGGAUGGACGGUUGUACCGGCAACCCCGUCGCCCUCGCCAACCCUACCUGACAGAGAGCACGGGCAGCCUUCCAUCCAGCCCCUAUCAUCUCCCUGACGACGAGGCCUAUGAGACCACGCAGGAGUACGCCUCCUCCCGUGAACCAAUCAGGAGCCGCCGGCGCCCACGUCGGAACCGCCUCAAUGGACAUGUCUCCCAGCGUGCAAUGGGCCUACGGGACAACAGCUCUCAGAGCUUCAGCCAAUCAGAGGAGGAGGAGGAGGAAGAGGAGGGGCAAGGAGAGAGCACUCCUUUCCUCAGUAUGCAGAACAUGAACAUGGAGCCGUGUGAACGUGGGUACCGAUCAUCUACCGCCCCUGCCCCGACCGCCGACAUACGGACUCACCGGGCGCAGGGGCGGCCAAGCACCCGCAGCAACGGACACAGUAAAAGCUCCCAGUCGCGCUCCUCCAAAAAUGACAACACACCCCUUUAAGACCCGCCCGCCUUGACCACUGACCUCUAACCCCUGACCCCGACCCCCCUGACCCACCUAAAGACAACAGUGGAGUAGAGACCUGCACCUAGGAGAAAUAUUUUUAUUUUGUAUAACAGACAGAUAUUCUAAAUAAAUGAAAUAUUUAUUUUCAUUUCAGCAAAAAUUGUCUACUAGCUAACAGCAAAGACUUUUUUUAUAGGGAAAAAUAUUUAUAUGUAAAGUUUUUGAUUUACAGCGUUAUGAGAGAAAAAAAUGAUUACGUGCCAAUUUUUUCACAAGUAAUAGAAUAAUAUUGUGGUGCCUUUUGCUGUGUGCUGAAGCCAGAGGUCCAGUUGAGUUUUUGUAGCCUUUCUAAUACAGACUCCUCAUUUUAUAGACCUCUUUACUUUGACUUGCUCUGAUUUAGGAUCUCCCUGUUUGAACUGUGAUAUGAUUCUGGCAUCAUGCAAUAUGAGUCACCCCUGUGUAACGGUGUAUGUUUACAUGAGUAUGAUCCACACGCAGUUGUUUUUUCACGGGGGACAUUUAUCACAGACGCAACUGGAUGUGGUGUCUUGUCCUGGUACAGGAAGUGAAGCGCUAGUUUUUGAUGAGUCGCUCCAACAAACUCACAUCAGUCAUUCAUGUCAUCAUCCGUCCGCCUGUCAUCGUCUGUGUAUUGUUUCAGAGGAAUGCAGGUGAUCCAAGGUACCUGCACAGGUGUUCAGGGUUUUUAAAUGGGAAUGAGUGUAGGUGACGGUUGUGGUGUGUGUGUGUGUGCGUGUGCAUGCAGGUGUGUACGCACUCCAUGAUGAGUUGUAGUCUGGUCACAGCAAGGGAGACAUGAGUGUCCAUUCAGCUAUGAGGGUGUAGUCACUGUUAAACUGACAUACUCAACCGGCCAAUCGUCAUGCUGCCAGAAGCUCCAUUGCACUGUAAAACCUCCAUCCAUGAGCAUUCAUUGGCCAGGGAGCUGCCAAUCCUACCAAUCCAGUCAAUCCAGCCUGAUUCUGGCCUACAUGGACUGCCCUCCCCCAUUCCUAUGCCAGCAGCUUAACUAAAGCCGCACUGUGUCUCAGGACUUUCACAUCCCAUCAAGAAAAAGACUCCAUUUCCCAAGAACCACCAUGGUCCAUAGGCCAGAUCCAUUAUGUCCCUCUUCCUUGUCUGUUUUCAUCUGUGAUAUAGUAUGGAGCUAUGGAAACUCUUGAAACUUGAAAAAAAAAAGUGGGUUUUAAAAAUGCCAAAAUCCGCUGAUAUGGAGUUCAUGUUGAGGCUCUUGGAUGAUUGUUCUAUGACAGAGUAAUGAGACAGGUUUGUUCUGUGAUGGUGAUGAUGAUGAUGACAUUGGCUCGUAGUGAUGAUGGCACUGGUUUGCUGUGUGCUGUGACAAGUGACACAGGUUCAUUUUAAAGUCUCUCCUACGUUGACUGACUCACUGCAGUGUGUUUGAGUCUGUUCGGUUUGUCUUUUUUUAAUCAUAGCCAACAGACGGUAUGGUAUUAUCGAUUAUUGCAUCCUUUGUUGCAUUCCUAUACCUUUAUUAUUAACACAAGUAUACCUUGCUUGGUCAUAUUGACUGAAUGAUCUGAUAUGUGUCUGUCUCUGUCUGACCCCGCCCUCUUGCCAAUGACAUCAUAGAUUAUGACAUAAUCUAUUAUCAUGGGAUAUGUUAGAUUUACACAUUACAACAGCUUGUCCACUCCGCUAUGGGUUACAGGCAUUCCUCAGAAAGGGUGCACCUCAGAAAUACUAUGAGAUUAAAUGGACAGAGAGCAUCCCGCUCCUCUACCUAAAAGAAAAAGGGCAUUGUGUAAAAUACAUGAGUCCCCAUGAGUUGGUUUUAAAUGAAAAUUUUAAUUUGCCCCUUUACCAGUAGUCUCACAGGAGAUGCAUGUAUCACAAAAAAAAUGUUAUAAUAAGUACCAUAUAAAAAAUGACAACCAACUCCUUUGAUGAAUUCAGAGGAUUAUUGUGGAAUAUCAUUUAGAGAUAUACAUGUUAUUUUCAUGGCCCAAAGUUCUGGCUAGUUUGUCUUAGUAUCACUGUAUUCAAUCUGGGAUUUGCAAUGUAGGAUACUGCCAGUGACGGUAGUGUGCUUCUAGUGGUAGUUGAAAUGUAAAAUCCCCCCUUACCUCCUUCCCUUGCAACCAAUAUUUCCUACCUUCCACAUUUACUCUCUCUUUCUCUCACGCACACACACACACACGCACGCACGCACGCACGCACGCGCACGCGCGCACACACACACACACACACACACACACACACACACACACACACACACACACACACACACACACACACACACACGCAUGCACGUGCGCGUGCGCACACACACACACACACUUAAACACAACACACACCCUUCAACACGGCACAUACACACACACACAAUGUUUGUGUUUUUACAGAAGUUGUCCUCAUCUCCUUUACGCCCCCUCUCCCUCUCUUCUCCCCCUGCCCCCUGCAUGUCCUAGCGGUCCAGGUAGUUGGGUGCAUGGGAAAAGAAGCAAGCAAAUCGUUUUCCACUCAGUGAAAAGUGUCUUCAUUUUAACAUUCAGCAAUAAAUCCCCUUUUCUCAUGUCUCCAUUCUUGGAAUAUGCUAGAAGUUUUUUGCAAGUUUUAUCAAAACAUACUUGUAAAAAAGAAAAAGAAAAAUCCAAACCACCUCUUCAUAUGAAAAUAAAUCUU